AUUGUUUUAUUCACUCUUUCAAAAUCUUACUGAUAGGUCAAAUAAUUAUGAUACAAUUUCAAUCGGAAAGUAUGGAUUAGAUGUUUAAAGAAGCUUAAAGAUAUGAAGAUUUUAUGUUUGUGGGCGUUAUGUUGUUUUGCCAUGAUUUGCAUUCACCAUUUUAUUAAUAAUAAAAUGUACAAAGAAGAGGCAAUACAACGUCAUACAAGAUCAAAUAAUGAAACAAAAGAAACCAAUAUUCCAGCUCCACCAAAAGCAACAGGGGUUAACAAACCAGUGCAAAGUAACCGGGGUAAAAAAUACCGGCGGUUGGUUUACAGGAAGUUUUAUAAAUACACCAACAUUUCAUUUAACUACACAAAUAAUCUGAAUGAAGGAAAUUCCACAAACACAACAACAAACAACACAGAGAUAAACACCAUAAUGACAACAACAACGCAACUAUAUGAUGUCACAACGGAAACUACAACUCAAGAACCAGAAAUAACGACGCAGAUAUUAACCAAAUUAUUGACCACUAUGGGUGCAGCAAUACAAGAAAAUGUUCCAACAAUAAAACCAAGGAUUUUGCGGCCUUCAAAUAAUAUUAAUAAUAAUGUUAAUGUUCAUAGACCACAAGAAGAAAUAAAUCCUAACCUUGGAGGAGCAGAAAAUAAAGAAGAUAUUCAAGAAAAACAAGACAGUAAUGAAAAAAAUAAGGAAGAAAAUAUAAUAACGGAAAAAGAGUUUAUAAGUUCUCUUAUUUCUGCAGCCCAAGGUGGAGUUGUGGUGACACUUAUUCUUUGUAUUUCAAUAUUUUCCAUCCUCUGCGCAAAAGGUGUAAUAACAGUGGGGCAUGGAAGUAGUAAUGUUCACCCGCAAGUAUAUUCGUUGUCUGCAAUGCAAGCAAGAGGUGCGUGGGCGGAAAAUAUGCCAAAGAAAGUUCAUAACAGAGGGGGGAAUUCUACUCAUAAUAAAAUUGAGAAAAAGAGGCACAAAAAGAAAAGGACAGCAGUGCAACAUUUAAAUACUGGGAAAAUCUCCAACUUUGAAAUAUCUGAUGAAUUUGCAUCACCAAAAUCUGCCAAAAAGAGAAAAAGAAAAGCAAAGCCGGAAAAACCAAAAUCAUUGUUAAAAAUUUUAAACCAUGCAGCUAAACAAAGAGAAGAACAAAGAAAACUUCGAUAUGCAGCAACUCAGUCUAACCAAAUAAAGCUAUUUGUGGGAUCAUAGUAUUAAGAAAUGUCAUUGCAUAAUUAAACACAAAACAUAUUUUUGUUUAAAAUUGCAAUUUUUUUGUGUACACAAUACAAAAUAAGCACCUUUCUAAAUUUUUGAAAAUUUGUUUUGUUUUUGAAGUACCAUUUUACUUUUUUUGAAUUUUAUGAAUUUGUUAUUUACAUCUUCGUGUUUAAAUACGCUACAGAUUAUUUUGUAGUGUGUUUU